AUGCAGACGAAUGAGUCAACGGAAUGGUUCUCUGUUACCCUCAUCGCCUGGUUGUGCGUGAGGCGCUUGGUAGAGCCCCUAUCCUUCUCAUUCCUGAUUCUACGCUUCGAGCAGCAAGCGAGUCGUCGCGAGAGAGAGAACCAGCAAGACAGGGCCCCCGUGAUGAAGCUGUCGACGCAGGACCAAGAAGUGUGCCAGGAUCGGACACUGCAGGUGCUGGAUCGAACGCUGCACGACUACGAAGCAACUGCGUUGUGGGCUUUGGGCUCCAACAACAACCACGACGGUCUGGACCAGCGCGGCUGGAAGAAGCUCCGGUCUCAGGCGGACGUGUCUCUCUAUGCGGACCACAGCGCCAGCGACCGCGCGUGGAUGUCGGCCAUGCGAGGAGACGAGUGGAAACACCCGAUCGCAGUGGUGGCGGUCGGGCACAUGAGCUGCUCGCUUGACGACCUGCUGUUCGGGAUGACGGCGUCCAGCCCAGCGGAGCUCAAGCUGCGUGAAGUACUGGUAGACUCGGACGUCGCCAGUGAGAGGGUCGACUUCGCAGCGAUCGCAACGCCCAGCCAAGACGAACCCUUCCGCUUCAUGGGCGUCACACGCUACGUGACCACCGUGAGCAAGUUCCGGCGCCCUCGCGAGUAUGUGCUCGCGUGUGCUCAGGGGGAAGUCACGUCGGCGUCAGGCGAGCGGCUCGGGUAUGAGAUCAACCAGUCGGUAGCGCUAGAUCAGUGGUCAGUGAGAGAGUCAUUGUGCCGCGGCCAGUUGAUCCAUGCGCGCGUGCUCCGAGAGCUGCCCGACGGCUCCGUCGGCGUCUACUACAAGCUCAUCGUCGACGCCAAGACCCUCAUGCCCGACAGCGUCGUGCACGCCGCGAUCUGGAAGGCGGUGCAGCGGUUCUGGGAGCUGGCUCCGCGUUGCGCUGAGACCAGGAAGCUCUGCUGCUGCGUGGACCACAAGCGCGCGCUGCACCUGACGAACCUGCAAGCCAAAAGCCGCUUCACAGACCCGCUCCGGUGCUGCGUCUGCAAGGUCUCGCUGCCCGAUCGUCGCAGGAAAAGCCUCGGCAGCAGCGUCACCACUUCGCUCACGCACGGAGCGUCGAUGCAGACGUACUGGUGCGUGCUGUGCACGUCGUGGCUGUGCUCCAAGGCCAAUUGCUGCGAGGUCCGCCAGCUCGUGCGAGUGGACCGCUCCACUCUCGAGGUUCACCAGCAGAACGUCACGCUCUGCGUCAAGUGCGCGCGCAUCAUUCGCUGCAAGAAUGCCAGCGACAUGGCCCGCUGUGCACUUCAACAAGAUCGUCCACAAGUGUCGUAG